UGCGCAGGGGCCGGUGAGACGUCGUAGCUGCCCUUCUAGACUACGGGAGACUACGGAGCUUGUCUCGCUGGUUGCGCGGUCAGCCAUGCAGAGAGCGCGGAAAGUGCUGAUGGCAGUAGCGGUGCUGGGCGCUGGGGCUGGUGUGGGGUCCGCGCUCUUUGCUCUGGUAACCCCUGGGGAGCUGCAGAAGCAGGAGAUGCUGAAGGAGAUGCCCGAGCAGGACCCGCGGCGCAGGGAUGAAGCGAUGAGGAACCAGCAGCUAGUGAUGGCCACGCUGCAGGAGGCCGCGACCACGCAGGAGAACGUAGCGUGGAGGAAGAACUGGCUAGUUGGCGGCGGCAGAUCAGCGUGAUGCCAGUGGUACCCCAAUGGGCACUACGACCUCGGCUGGAGCGCAGAGUACAGGCAGCCUUUCAACUCCGUGAAACCGGCGGGGAAUCGGGACCCCGGGUGCGGCACUCAAGACCCCAGGUCCCGGAGAGCAGCCGCCGGGUGAGCACCGUACCCCCUCCGACUCUGCGCUGACUGCUUUACGUCCACAUCGUCCCCCGUCGGGGGUCAGAUGUGGUUAACCGAAAGAACCAAUAAAUUCUGUGCCUCCCAAGUGAGCCGAGCAGUCGCACGCCUACCAGUGCGGAGAGCUGUGCGGGUCAGUGCUCAAGCAGGCUCCGGCCUGCCCUGCCCCACGAGAGAGCCUGAAGCUUUAUGGGCUUAGUAACCACAUUUUCAAAAUGUCUUACGGUCGAAGAGUUCCUUCUGGUGAUAACCAAGCGACAUUCCAAACUAUUCCGUUAGGGCUUGUUAGCAAUGGACACCUGUAGAGGACUCCGGUUCUUUGAGGGAGGUUAGAGAGGCGCAUAUAGCGUUAACAUCCCGAAGUGCCUUCUGUGGCCAUUACUUAACCUCUGGUUAAAGAGGCUUAGAGAGGCUGACCUACUAGGGAUGGUGAAAGAAGCAUACUUUUAAUCAAGAUCAAGGGGUUGAAUGAUCAACCCCCGAAUCCUGAAUGUUAAAAAACCUGAGUCUGCCCUGUUCUAUAAAAGGCCAUAAGUAUCUCGAGGGUUAUCAGUAGAUUAUCCCUGAUCCAGUGGCCCACACCUGUAAUCCCAUCGACUUGGGAGCUUGAGGCAGGAGGAUCACCAAGUUCAAGGUCAACUCCAGCAAUUUAGUGAGAUCCUGUCUCAAAAUAAAAAAUAAAGAGGACUGGGGGCGUGGUUUAAUAGUAAAGCGCCUCGGGAUUCAAUCCUCAGUACCAAAGAAUAUAAAUAAAGGGGCUGGGAGUGUUGCUCCGUGGUACUCCUGGGUUCAACCCCCAAUAUCGCAAAUUAAAAAAAUAAAAACUAGCCUGCACGGCGGUGCA